GCAGUUAAUCGCUAUCGAUAUAUUACCACAGCACAUAUAUUUGAUUUGCAUAAAGUGGAAUGAAAUCCCUGCUGCCAGUCCUUUUUGUUGGUGUGCUAGCUGUAAAGCUAUGCUCUGCAGCGGCAUGCAAACAGCCAACAAAUAUUCCUCCAGGGUCCCAUUGGGUUGGCGAUGAAGACUGUAAAAUGGGAACGACGUAUGACACCGUCAAACCCCCGUAUCACUGCCACUGUUGGGAAUUUUGCGGUUACAUUUGCGACCCAAAGAACGGUACCAGUACCACGACCAAACCAACUACGACGACGACGAUGAUGACGACGACAACUACGACGACGAAACCAGGUUGCAAGCAUGGAAGUCCUUGGUACCCUAAACCAAACACGAGAUGUAUUUGCAAAUCUCUUAAUAAACAACAGCACUACGAGUGCAAAACUACAAACACGACAACCACCUCGACAACGGCAGCAACAACCACGACGACUGUGGCAGGAGGAUGAUAAUUAUACUAAAUUCUUGCAUAUUUAAGUAUUAUUCUUUAAAAAUACUUUUUGAUCUUUGUAGUUUGCAAACCAUUUCAGUUUCACAUAGUCCGAAGCAGGGUUUAAUCGCAUGUAAUCGUUCUGUCCCUCCGUCUGUUUUUCGAUAACUGUCCGAUGUGUCGAUAGAUUUUGACCAAAUUUGGAGAAACAUCUAUGUAUCUGCAACGACCCAGUUCGAAGAUGGGUUUGGUACAAAAUAUUUCUCGUAGUCGUAGAAGGCUUAAAUUGGGCAUACUGGGUCAAACAUAUUAAAAAACUAUAUUUAUUGGAAUAUAAUCGGAUGGCCAAAAGUGAUGAAUUUGUGCAGUAAUAAAUCCUGCUCGGGCUAAGCAAAACUGUA